AUGUCUAAGUACAUUGUAUGGAAAAUUUUGAUCUCGCUUUGUGCUUUAAAUAUUUUUUCCAUCGAAGGAACCGAAAAGGAUCAAAAACAUUUGGAAGCUAAGCCGCAACUGUAUGAGUCUGUUUCCAAAAAAGACUUUAAUCAUAUUGACAAGGAGACUAGUGGAAACGGACAGUUCCAUCUUGAGAAUCGUGGUGCCGACGGAAUCUCGUAUGGCUGUUAUGGUUACUCAGACAGCUCGGACAGACUUCACAUAACCCAUUAUGUGACCGAUGCUCGUGGUUACCGCGUAAUUCAACCAUAUCAGCCCGUGCAGUUGUACACCGUCACGGCCAAUCCAUCCGCAAAAAAAUCAUCAACUGAAACCGGUGAAAACAGAGAUCAGCAUCCGCUGCGUAGCGAGCAACGGCUGUGGAAUGAACUACAGUUCCCGGAUGACUGCUAUUCGAAAGAAAUACGAUCAGUAGCCAUUGUUCCCGCUCCUCAAAAACCCAUGCCAAACCGGGAGCCACAUAGCUGCCGCCCAGAUAACACUGCUCAAUCGAACGCACCGGCGGUUACAUCACUCGCUCCGGUUGGGGGUGCUGUCGGAGGACUGCUGGGUGGAUUAGUUGGAGGUUUACUGCAAGGCCUUGGACAAGGGUUAGGUGUCAACUUACUGGCUACCCACAGCUGCGCCCAAAACACUCAAACUCACCAAUGCAAUGGUGGCUGCAGUAAGGAUCAUCCUGCAUAUUUGGGACUUAUGCCUACUAUAUAUCAACCAAGAUUAUCUGAAGAGCAUCUGAUUAGGCCCCUGGAAACUAUAUUCUCUAAUCUUUUGGAACCAAGAAGCGACCAGAAAACUCUGCCAAUAUACUGGAUGCUACCAAGCUCACAGGACGGCCAUUGGCGUUCUGAAACGGGCAAAGGAUUGAUCCGAAAUAUCUUCCCAUACGGAUACUUGCAACAAAGAAGUUUGGCUUAGAACCAGACGUAGAUAUAAAGCUUAGAAAAUGACACAGAUUCAAUGCAAAAUGAUGGAAUACUGACAAAAACAAUCGAUCAAUAAAAGUAG